UGCGGAUGCCCUCCGACCCCGCGUCCCCGCUGGCCUUAUCUCCAGCCCCGCCAGCCCACCGAGAUUAGGAAGUGGCUGCCUGAACUAUUUUCCAAAGGAUAAGCAUUACAAAUCAUUGAAUACGGCAGCUCACCAAGAAGAUCCUAUUGGUUUUGGGGGAACACAACUUCUAGCAGCCACAAGGGAUGCUGCUACUCAGGUGCCAACUGAAACGAGCUCUUCCUCAGAAGGUUUCAUGUAGGUCCUGUUCCAUGAUGGGGAAACUGCAAAGCAAACUCAAAUACAGCACUUAUAAAUACAGCAGGCCCAAUGGAAUCAUAGAAGAGAGAAUUCCAACUAACGCUUUUCAAGAGUAUAGCCCAGCUCAUGUGGAUACCGUCUCUGUGGUUGCUGCUUUGAACUCAGACCUUUGUGUCUCCGGAGGAAAAGAUAAGACAGUUGUGGCCUAUAAUUGGAAAACUGGAAGUGUGGUGAAAAGGUUCAAAGGACAUGAACAUGAAAUUACCAAGGUGGCUUGUAUUCCCGAAUCGAACCACUUCUUCAGCGCCUCUCGUGACAGGAUGGUCAUGAUGUGGGACUUGCAUGGUUCUUCACAACCAAGGCAACAGCUGUCUGGCCAUGCCAUGGUGGUCACUGGAUUGGCUGUGAGUUCAGACUCAUCACAGCUGUGCACUGGCUCUCGGGACAACACCCUGCUGCUGUGGGAUGUGGUGACGGGACAGUGUGUGGAGAAGGCGUCUUUCUCCAGGAACCUGGUCACUCAUCUGUGCUGGGUCCCCAGAGAACCAUAUAUACUACAGACUUCUGAAGAUAAAACCAUCAGAUUAUGGGACAGCCGGGGGCUGCAGGUAGCUCAUAUGUUUCCUGCAAAGCAGCAUAUUCAGACCUACUGCGAAGUCAGCGCAGAUGGACUCAAAUGUAUCUCUUGCAGCAGUGGCUUUGGAGGGGAAGGCUGUGAAGCCACGUUGUGGGACCUGAGGCAGACGAGGAACAGAAUAUGUGAGUAUAAGGGGCAUUUCCAGACUGUUGCAUCCUGUGUCUUUCUACCAAGAGCACUGGCUUUGAUGCCUGUAAUUGCUACCUCAUCACAUGAUUGCAAGGUGAAGAUUUGGAACCAAGAUACUGGAGCUUGCCUUUUCACCUUAUCUCUGGAUGGAUCAGGACCUUUGACUUCCCUGGCUGUUGGCGACACCAUCUCCUUAUUGUGUGCAAGUUUCAGGAGAGGAAUUCACUUACUCAGACUGGACCACAGCCAAGGGCUGGAACUGCAGGAAGUGGCAGCAUUCUGAGGCCAAGAGACAUUCACUGGACAAUAUCAAACCAUGGUCUCUCCUU